GUUGGGAAUCCUCGCGCAGGUAUCCGUCCGCCAUACGGGAAUGGGGGACAUGAAGACCCCAGAUUUUGACGACUUGUUGGCAGCGUUUGACAUUCCCGAUAUCGACGCCAAAGAGGCCAUUCAGUCUGCUCCGGAAGAUUCCGACGGGAGUCACAGCGGCUCUGGAGCAGGCGUUGGAAAAGCAGGAGCAGGGGGUCCCAAUCUAAGACCCCCAAGUCCUCCUGAAACUCAGCAACCUCCCCCAGUUGUCCCUCUGAGUUCUCAAAACGACCCGCCAGUGGUGAGUGUGAUCGUGAAGAACAGGGUUCGCUCCGAUGCCUUUGGAGAAGGAGAGGAAGAUGAAGAGGAAGGGAGAGGAAGUCAGGGAGGGAGUUCUGAUGCAGGUGGUGACGGGUCAGUCUCAGGUGGUCUCAUGGCUCCACGCCUGGGUCCCAGAAUACAGGGCCUGGUGUCGUCAGAACCGCUGAUCCAUAACGGGUUCGAGGCGGCUUCAGCUGGGUCUUCUGAGACCACCUUACGACCCCCCCAAACACAAACCCAGUCCAACGGAGAACUCUGGACGCCUCGCUCCCCCAAGACAGCGAGCGAGGGAGGGGACGCCUUCUCCUUACGUGUCUCUCUGCCCCUUCCUCCUCCUUCGGUCUCCUCCUCCUCAUCCUCCCCAUCUCAGUUUAUAGGUCCACUCCUCCCUCGCUCUGCUCUCGCCGGAGACGAGCCUCACCUCCCCUCUGCCUCCCCCAUCCCUCCUUCUACUCAGCCAUUUAACGGCACUCCUAUGGGUGGAGGAGUUCGACGCCUCCUUUCGGAAGAUGAAGAUUCGGAACCGGAUCUCGGGAGUCCUCCGCUUGUGAUCCAAGAGAGCCCUGAUUCCCAGAUGUGCUCGCCUCCCCCGUUCCCUCGGAGGCACAGGUCGUCUUCCGGAAUGUUCCACUCUCCUUCUCCGUCUUCUCCGUCUCCAUCCUCUUCCUCUCUCCCUGCCGCACCGCUACCCGCCAACAACCCCCAAAUCGGAGAGACCGCCCCCAUCCCAAAAGCGGUGUCGCCCUCUGCACCCCAUCUGGUCACGGCUCAAAGCAGGACCACCGCGCCCGCCCCCGCAAACACCGUAAAUGAACCGCCCUUCGAAGAGCGAAGCCUAGAGCACAUCAUCGAAGAGAGGGACUCUCCCGAAAGCCCCGAUCCGGAAAUGCCCUCCUCUUCCUCGGCCAACGCGUCAGGAUCGGCGCCCGUCAAGAAAAGCUCCAGCCCCGCUCAGGCCACGCCGUCUUUACCCUCUGCCCAGUCGGGUGGGGUCGAGUCUGGGAAGGAGGGGUCGGGGGAGGCCCCUAGAGACGGCGCCGAUGCCGAGGGUGUGAAGAGUGUGUCGCUGAACACCCAACGUGUAAAAACUGGGGAUGGACAGGAGCCCGAGGAAGGAAUGGAAGUGGAUGAGGCAGGGAAGGCCGCUGCUCCCGUUCCGGUGGUUUCCACCAGCGCGAAAGCCACAGGAUCCUCCCAAGGAGCGUUAUCAAGACCCCUCAAGGUCCGGAUCAAGACUAUUAAGACCCCCACGGGGAGUAUCACUCGGACCGUGACCAGGGUCGCACCCAGAGCGCAAGGAGGGGGACCCAGGGGUCAAGAUGGCCCAAAAAACCAACCGGAGGGCCGAAAGGUGAUCACACGACCGAAAAGGCCCGCCGCUACCGCCUUGGGUCAGGCGGCGGGUUCGAAGGUCACGGUUUUGCCCGUGUCGACGUUGCAUGACGCCAGCACGGCCAUGCUGAUGGCGGCCAGCAAGGCGCAAAACAAAAUCGUCUCGGCCACGGCGGUCAGCAUCACCAAAACGGCCACGCUCCCUUCCGUCUCCUCUUCGUCUCCUUCCUCCUCCUCUUCCUCCGGCGGGAUCAACGUACGCACCCUGGGCCAGAAAACGGUCAACGGGAACGUGGCGUCGACCAUCUCCGCCGUCUCGCAGGCGUCCAAACCGGCGUCCAUCGUCAACAGCCCGGGCGCGGUCAUCUCCCGGAGCCAGUCCAGCCUCGUGGAGGCUUUCAACAGGAUCCUCAACAGCAAGAACCUGUUGCCUAGCUACCGGCCCGACCUCUCCACCCCUCCGCCCCCGGAGUGGGGUCUCCCCAUGCCCGCCGCGGGGUACCGGUGCCUGGAGUGCGGGGACUCGUUCGCUCUGGAGCGCAGCCUGGCGAGGCACUACGACAGGCGGUCGCUGAGGAUCGAGGUGACGUGUAACCACUGCGCCAAGCGACUGGCCUUCUUCAACAAGUGCAGCCUGCUCCUCCACGCCCGCGAGCACAAAGAGAGAGGCCUGGUCAUGCAGUGUUCCCACCUGGUCAUGCGGCCCGUCAGCGUGGAGCAGAUGAUAGGACAGCAGGACACCACUCCGAUAGGUGUGCUGUCUCCCUCUGUGUCUUCCCCACUACCCGUUACUCCCAGCCCAGGUAAAGAGGAAAGCCCCGCCCCUGGUCCCCAGGUGCUCCUCCCGCUGCCCUGUAAAAACUCAGAGCCUCUGCAGUACGUUAAUAACAGGUGUCCGGAAUGUAAGACUCAGUUCAAUGGGAGGGCAGAGGUCGUGGCCCACUUCCAAGAGGUCAAAGCCUCGGCCACCGACGCGUCCUGUACUCAGUGCUCUCCCCCGAUGCUCUUGCCCAAUCCGUGCAGUGCUGCUGCCCACCAGCGCAUACACAAGUCCCGCCCCCCUCACGUUUGCCCCGAAUGUGGCGGCAUUGCCCGACAGGCCAGCUUCAACACACACCUUCACCAGGCCUGCCUGCACUACGCACGCCGCAUAGGCUACAGGUGUUCGAGUUGUCAGGUCGUGUUUGGGGGCUUGAACUCAGUGAAGUCUCACAUACAGACGACUCAUUGUGAGGUCUUCCAUAAAUGCCCCUCCUGCCCCAUGGCCUUUAAAUCUGCCCCCAGCGCCCAGACCCACUUCACCAGUCAGCACCCCAACGUGUCCCCCGCACAGGCCAAGAUGAUCUAUAAGUGUGUGAUGUGUGAGACGGUUUUUACCCAGAAGGCACUGCUCUUUGUGCAUUUUGACACUCACUUGGCUAAGCAGAAGGUGCACAUCUUUAAAUGUCCUGACUGCACCAAACUCUACGCUCAGCGAGGUUCCCUGAUGGAACACAUGAAGACAGCUCACAGGGAUCCAAGCAUCAAACAGGAGUCCUCCAUCACCAUGGCAACCUCCCUCGCCCCGGCUUCCUCGGCGCUGUCGGCCACACGGGGCCAGAGCGGGAUAAAGAUGGAGAGCUCUGACGGGGAGGAGUGGGGGAGGGAGCAGGAGGAGGAAGAGGAAGAGGAGGACAGAGAGAGGGAGGGAGAGCCCGGAGAGACUUCCGGAACAACCGACAGCAAGACCAACGCAACCUGGAGCUGCGCAGAGUGUCAGACAUGCUACACGGACAAAGAGAACUACAUUACCCAUAUGGCCGAGCAGCACAACAAGAUGAUGAAGAAAUUCCCCUGCACACAGUGCGAAGGUUCCUUCUCUUCUUCCUCCAGCCUGAGACGCCAUAUCCGCGUCAAACACAAAGGCAUGAAACGAACUUUCCUCUGCCAGCUGUGCACUGAGCGUAAGAGGAGUUUCAUGAGUCGGCUGCUCUUAGAGAAACACAUACAGGAGGAGCACGGAGGGCAGACCCCGCAGAGUGGGGUUGCCAUGGAGACCAAGAGGCGCUCGACUCGUUUUGGUGACGUUGCUGACAGCUCCUCUGAGCAUGAUGGCGGUCCCGCCGCAAUGGGUGGAGCCUCUAUGGAGGAAGACAACGGAUUGGUCGGCGCAAACAGACACGGCCGAGGGGGCGUGGCAGAAGAGCCGGAGGUGUCGGGCUUCCGCUGCAUGCCCUGCGGGUUCGUUACAGAGGACAAGGAGGAGUUUCUGCAACACAUCCCAACUCACCGCGGCGACGGGGGCGGGGCCUUGCAGUGUCAGCAGUGCGGGGCAUGUUUUGCCUCCGGCCCCCCUCCCCUCAGCCGCCACCGCUUCAUCAGCCACCGCGUACGCGACGCCCCCCGCCGACAGCGCCGGGGACGCGGCCCUCGGCCGGUGGGGCGGCGCCGGCGACGCCCUCGGGGACGACCGCCACGGCGGCCGUCUCCCGGGUCGCCGUGGGCAAUGCGGGGGUCGCAGGGGGAGGAGAAGGAAGGUAAACUAGCGUGUAGGGUGUGUGGCCGACGCUUCGACAAAGCCACCGACCUCAACACACACUUUAGAACGCACGGUAUGGCUUUCAUCACCGCCCACAAAACAGACAAACCUGCAUAACCGAGAGAGAGAGAGA